CUUUCCAGAAAAUUUGUGUUAUUUAGGUGUAUUAUUCCGAGAUAUAAUUGCAAGUUACUUAAGUAACAGCCAGUGUAGAUCGUCCUGCACUUUGAAGCUGGUGAGGUCGCCUUAUUCGGUUUUCAUCAGGAAGUGAGUGAAAAACUACCAAGAUUUCCCUAACAGAGGAUUCGAAUUAUUUGUUCGAUCAUGGUUGGCCCCCACGAAGAGCACACUAAACGGAUCACCUUUCCACUUGCUGCUGAAGAAGCGACUUCCAUCCCAAUCAACCCUGAGAAAAGUAUUGAUUCCAUCUUCACAGAGAUCGGUGGCACAUUUUCGCAAUGCACGGGCGAUCUGCAAGUUGCUAUCAAUUCCGAUGGAAAGGAAUCAGACAACCUAGAAGCCCUGCGAGAUAAGAUAGCGGUGGCUUCAGAUUAUGAGUUAUUGGCAACGCCAAGGGGGACCAAGUUCGUACCGGAGGCUACUGAGGAUGAAUUGGUAUUAGGGGCAUCAGCCAGUCCUACAACAGGUGAUGCGACCGGUAGCGAUGUAUAUCGUUUGCAUCAAUUUACUUCGCAGCUAGCGAAUUACAGUCAAGGUAGGAGGAAGGCUACACAGUUAAGUCCAGUUGUAGUUCCGACCGUUCCUACUUAUGUGGGUUUAGUAAAUCAGGCAAUGACAUGCUAUUUAAACAGUUUAUUGCAAGCAUUGUAUAUGACUCCAGAGUUUCGAAACGCACUGUAUAAUUGGGAGUUCGACGGAGCCAACGAAUCACGAUCAAUUCCAUACCAGCUGCAGAAACUGUUUUUAAGAUUGCAAACAUCCAAGAAGCCUGCUGUGGAGACUACAGAUUUAACUACCAGUUUUGGUUGGCAAGGAAGCGACGCGUGGCAACAGCACGAUAUUCAAGAGCUCUGUCGUGUAAUGUUUGAUGCGCUAGAACAUAAGUUUGUAGACACGAAACAAGCGAAUCUGAUUAAUGAUUUGUAUGAAGGCAAAAUGCUCGACUAUGUGAAGUGUUUAGAGUGCAAAACGGAAAAAUCAAGGGAGGAUAUGUUUCUGGAUAUUCCACUGCCAGUCAGGCCAUUUGGCAGUACCGUCGCAUAUAACAGUGUAGAGGAAGCAUUAAGAGCGUUUGUCCAGCCAGAGAUUUUGGAUGGGAAUAAUCAGUAUUUUUGCGAGAGGUGCAACAAGAAAUGCGAUGCGCACAAAGGACUGAAGUUCACCAAAUUUCCGUAUUUGCUCACUUUGCAUUUGAAACGUUUCGAUUUUGAUUACAGCACCAUGCACAGAAUAAAGCUGAACGAUAAGGUCACAUUUCCCGAAGUAUUUAACUUGAAUUCUUUCGUACCAACAAGCAAAAGUAAAGUAGAGCAUGGAAAUAACGGCGAGACUGAAACUGUGGUGAAAUGUGACGAUUGCAGUACAACUGAUUCUGGAUCGGUGGAUGAUGAAAGUUGCCAGGACACCGACGUUUCGUCUACAGUUAACGGACAUUAUGAUAACUGUGGAGAUAGUGAUGAAGGAAUUGAUGUCAGUUCAGGUAAUCGCCAAGACAAAGAACCGACAGGUCCAUACGUUUACGAACUGUUCAGUAUUAUGAUCCACUCGGGAAGUGCUUCAGGCGGUCACUACUACGCCUAUGUAAAGGAUUUCGACAAAAAUUUAUGGUUUUGCUUCAACGAUCAGAACGUCAGCCCGAUUACGUCUGAAGAUAUUCGGAAAACGUAUGGGGGUGGCCCCCAAAGGGCAUACUAUUCCGGGGCGUAUAGUUCAAGUACGAACGCCUAUAUGCUAAUGUACCGACAGAUCGAUAAAGAACGAAAUUGUCGAGCGAUGACUGUCAGCGAGUUUCCACCGCACCUACAAAGGCUGUUAAAGCACAUGCAACAGAAGGAUGAAGAAGAUCUGUUGAACCGGAAGAAGGAAGACGAUAUGGUCAAGUUGAAUGUUUGGUGCAAUCAUCCCACUUCGAAAUUCCUACAGGAAUUAAAGAUCUCGACAUUCAUGGAUUCGACAUUGGGUGAAAUAGCUCAGCAUGCUUACAAUCGAUUUAAACUGGACGGGUUAGUCAGUAUAAAUGACUGUCGUUUGGUUGCUUAUAAUGCUCAGCAGGAUUGCAUAUGCUGCAGUUUUGACUCCGACGAAAUUAAGUAUCAGGAAACGUUGCCAAUAGCCACUUUGUUUGCAUUCUCGGAUUUUAUGCUAGAAAUUCGCGAUUCUGGAACUGUGUGGAGAAAGUACCAUCCGGGUGGCAUCAACAUAAAAAUCUACCCAAUUCUCUUAAAAACCGAAGACGUUCUGAAUCCGGUGACUUUGCGAGUUGAUGCUUGCGCAACUAAAGGAACACUUAAGGAGGAGUUGGGUCAACUUUUAGGCACUGAUCCAAGCCACUUGGAAAUUGUCUUAGUAAUGUACAACAAACAAAUUUAUUUUAAAAAUGAUUCGGAUGCGAUCCAGUAUGAUGUCAAUUGUGCGAACUGUAGAAUAUAUGUUGCUGAAAUCGACGAUUCAGAUCCAGAAGAGGCCGAAUUAAAGAUGGAAAAGCUGAAAGAACUGGUCGAUAAAUUCAAUCAUAUGAUCAGUAUAAUAAUAUGUUUACCCGAUACCGAUGCGGCUACUUUGGAGAUGUUAUCCAUACCUGCUUUGGAUUUUAAUGAAAACACGGAUAAGCAGGACGCAACGAGUGAUCGAGAGAGCAAUUCACCUAAUUUACGUGUGUCGCCACAGCCUGGUUUAGGUGGCAUGUGUGGAGAUGGAUACGACCAGAGCAAUAGUGAGGAUAGCAGCUUAAGUGAAAGUGAUCGAACACUGAUUGGGGAUGCUCCAACUGAUUGCCUUGGACUGUCAUCCAGCCAGUCGGCAUCUCCCCAGGAUCAUCAUAUGGCAUCUCUAUCCGAUCCUUGCCAGGAUUCAUACAACCACGAAGUCUUGGGAAUGCCUAGAGACGAACUGAUGCACUGGGAUGACCCGGGAGAUGCUUUAAGCGACGAUCAAGGUCUCUUCUUUAAGGUUUCAAGUAUAGGAAGUAGUUCCAAUCGUGCAGACGAACUGACGGAUCACCAAUGCCAGUUAAUAGUCGACAGGAGAAUGACUUUCGAAGCCCUAAAGAAACAUUUGGAGAGUAUUUUGAGAGUGUCUUCGGAAUAUUUUAAAAUUUUCAAAUGUCAGAACGGAGAACAAACCGAAUGGACCAGAAUGAAAGAGACAAUGCAAUUACUGAAAGACGGUGAUGUAUUUUUGGUAAAACUCGGCAGGGUGUUGCGAUCAGGCGAACAGCUAUGUAAGGUAUAUCUUCUCAAACCCGAUAAUAUGUCCCCGAACAACUUCUUGUGCGAACAAGUCAUAUACAAUGAGCAGACCAUCGGAGACCUUAAGAAAGCGAUUCUCAAGUCUGCAAAGGCCCAAAACGGGUUAGAUAUUCCGUACAGCAAAUGUAGGUUGCGAGAAAAGCACUGGAAAAGGCCCAAAAAAGUAUAUUUGGAUGAUCAAAAGUUCGGUGUUGAUGUCUUUAUUGAUUUUAAUGGCGAACUCUAUCUACAAGAACUGACCGAACCUGAUACGCUAACUUCCACCAAUCAAGUAGUAGUAUUUGUGCGAAAGUUUAGUCCGAGCGAACUAACUCUGGGUCCAUAUCAAGAGGUUGUGCUCGAUCUGUUAACUAUGGAGGAUCUUCGAACGAAAAUUUUGCAGCUUUCCAAUAUACCGAUUUCCUAUUUGGACGUAGCCCAUGUGAAAGGAAACUAUCCUUACGACAUUCAUAUCUUGGAGAUACACAAUGAUUUGGAAUGGAAUCCAAAAGUGGAAAAUCUAGAUCAAUGGCCUUUAGCAAUUGAGGAUGGCUGUAUAUUUUUCUACAAAGAUAACAGGGAAGCUUUGAAAGAACUAACGGCAAAACAGAAGAAGGAAAUCAGUGAAGCUGAGGAUUAUAGACUAGGCAGACCGGUCGCCUGCAAUCGAGAGAGGGCUUUAAAAAUUUACGUUCUCGAUUCGUCUCCUAGUAAAUCUGAAGGCGACAUAGACUGACCUAAAAGCUACGAAUCAUUUAUGUACUGUGUUCUUAGCUGAGCAAAAUGGUGUGCCAGAGUAUGCUGUUGCCAAAAAAAUACUACCGGCAAAUACGCAAAGCUCGCUUUUUCAGUGGUAAGGUAUUGAUAGUUCAAGCUAGACCUCACAAUAUUAUCGACUUCAAUAUUUUUAUUAGUUAAAUAUUGCUAGGAACAACAGCUACCAUCCCCGCCAUAUCUAGCUUAAACUAUCAAAGUGAAUGUUCAGAAGUGCAGUGCGUUAUUUUCAAGGAGAAAUCCUUUUAAAUCAUUGGUAAAUCGACCUGUCUAUUUAUUACUUCCACUAGUUGAACGUUUUAAAUUUCUCCCAGUCAAGACUUUGUAUUGCAGUUGUUUUAAAUUGGAUUUUAGUAUUUUUACCGAUUAACCAUCAAAUUAAUUUGCAAAAUCAAAACUAGCUGCUUGUUACGUGAAUCGGCAAAUUUGUCCAACCCUUUGGAAAUAAAAUGCAAAGAGGUAAAAAUAUAAUUGAAACAAUUGAUUUAUACGCAGAGUAGCCUACGACAAAGUGCCCAGGAAUGUAGCAAAAAUAAAAAAGAAAAAGUUCACACCCAUAUUUUCUUGUGGUUGUUUUCAACCCUUUCGUCUAUGCGCCAAUAAAUUACGGAGCAGGAAAUCUAUAUUUCUAAAUGAUCAAUUUUACGUUUAUUAUCCGUACUCAUGUUUUGUACUCGUGCAAAAUAUGGUCGUGCAUAAUUGCCGUAAAACAUAGUAUGCAAACAACAAAUUACCAAUAGAUUCGUAACCGCGUAAAAGAUGUACGGCCAUUUGCUCCGGUCAAUGUGACGGAAACAAGGGCACACCUUCCUGGGUAGUUUUUAUGGUGGGCCAACCUGUUUUAUUUGUGAUUUUUUGCAUUGUGUCGCAAAUCACCUUUUUAAGGUUUGUAUUUAUUACUAUAUUUACGCGCUCAUUUUUUAAGGGGUAUUGAUUUUCCGUACGCCUUCGUAUACUGUAUUAUAUUGUUUUUUAAUGCCGAGCAUUUGAUUUAGACCUAAACUGUUGAAACCGUCUUGUAUAAGAUAAUCAAUCAAUCCCUCGGUCUUGAAAUGGUCGCCCGCGUUUUACAAGAGGCGGCUGAGUCACUAAGUGUUUAUUAUAUUUUUAAUCUACAAUUCGGCAAAUAAAUAUUACUGUUUUUGCGGUGCGUUCCGUUAUAUGAUAUAUUUGUUGUUCUAGGCCGUGUGUUCUUCCUGUAUUAAACGUUGAUUGUGUAUAAUUAUUUAUCUCGUAUUUGACUGUAUAAACCACAAUUAUCUUAACAAUUUGGCCUACUCAAUCUGAGAGUCUUCAGUGUUUUGAGCAUGUUGUAUAAACAGCUACGCCAUCGCUUGUUAUACAUCUACUUUGUACAGAUAUUUAUUUGUAACUGAAUUAUUAAAUAUAAUGUUUAUCUAUA